UAUAUAUUACGAGUACCUUGCAUUUUGCAUUUUAGUUAUCAUCAUCAGAAAUUCAGAACCAUUUGUGUUACUAGCAUAGUCACCAAAAAACAAUUUGUAUUACUAACAUGGCUUCACAACAUUUUGGAGUAGUGUGUAGCUGCAUGAUUAUGACGAUGAUAAUUUUCUUGGGUGCUAGUUCAGCUGUUGAAGGUGCUAGAGAUUUCAAAGUUGGUGAUCACUUGGGAUGGCAUGAACCUGGCCCCAAUAAUAUUUCAUAUUACAUUCAAUGGGCUCAAAUGAACAGAUUCCAAAUUGGUGACUCUCUCGUAUUUGAGUACCAAAAUGACUCAGUUCUAGUUGUUGAAAAAUGGAAGUACUUCCAUUGUGAUCCAAAUAAUCCCAUAACAUCUUAUGAUGAUGGAAACAGCACAGUGAUUCUUGAUAGGUCCGGUUUCUUCUACUUCAUAAGUGGAACAGAGAAUCACUGCCAUAAUGGGCAAAAACUUAUUGUGGAAGUUAUAUCACCACAACACAUGGCAAUUUUUCGGCCAGCCGCGUCCCCUGCGCCAACCGAAGACGCUUCCUCAUCAUCAGAACUAGCUCCUUCACCCUAUUAUCAUCAUCAUUAUCAUGGCUCCAAUGCUUCUUCAUCCACAUCACGUUUCAUGAUGAUUGGUUCAGCAUUUAUGGCUCUUCUUGUCACCUUUGUAGUUGUGCUAGUUUUAGCACCAUGAAUUAUUGUUCUUGUUAUUAUGUGGUGACAGAUUCUUAUUAGUUUAGUUGUUAGUUAAUUAUCAUUAGUUGUUUAUUUUUAUUUUUCAUUUUUGUUGAUUGCUUAUUAGUUUGCUUUUGGAGUUUGUAUUGUUUAGAA